ACUCGAUAAAGGGGAUUUGGCGGCAAUCUGCCAGUCGUACUGUUGCCCAAGAUAAUAAAGUUCAUACUAUUGUGUGAACCCAAGAAAUACAAAAUCAGUUAGGGCUUUUGAUGAGUAACACUAAUAACCAAUGUAUUCAGAACGGAUUUUCUUGCUCUCAGCCAACCUAAGUAACUAGGUUAUUUUAGGCAUUCCUGUAUUAGUUAUUCACUAGUCAGUGCUGGUUUGUUGUGCUGUAGUCGUGUUUUUUGAAUAUUCACGAGUGAUUUGUGUGUUAAUUUCAGCAUUGUUAGCAACCAAUCAAUGACCACUAUUGAUUACGAGGAAGGGGAAGUUGAAGAUUUAAGUGGCUCAGACCAUGAGGAUUCCGGCCACGAGUACACAGAUUAUGGUCCACCAAAGUAUUUUGACUCAUUUUGUAUAUUACCUUAGCAGAGUUAGUCUUCGUAAGUCGUCAAAGCGCAAACGCCACACCCAGCGUAAUGAUGGUAGGUCCAGGUGUUCUCGUCGAGAAUCAACUGUCUUGUUGGGUGUACGAGCUAUUGAUCUCCCACACGUGGAUGGGCGGGUCACAAACAAUAGGCGCUCCAAAGAGCGAAGUAAGCUGCCACUACUUGAAUUCCUGUCUGAAGAUGAAGAUGAUACUUACCUAACGAACCACGAGAAACUCGUAAGUUCUGUUACCUCUGACAUGAUGCAUGCGAAAGGACAAGACGAAGUCAUCUGAGGGAAGUCGUAAGAGGAAAAAGCGGAAGAAAGAUGGUCCUCAUAGAUCUGCAUCUCAAUCUAGAUGUAAGUAUUAUAUGGAUGGUCGUUGUAGCAAGGUUUGUUCUUUUGUGUAAGUUUCACCUAUGAGCAGGGGAGUUCUUGCCCAUUUCUUCAUGAUUUUACACCAGCAAAGAAAAAUGAGCUGUGCAAAUUUUAUGCUGUUGGUAUGUGUUCCAAAGAGUCUGCGUGUUCAUUUUUACAUGGUGAAUUUCCGUGCAAGUUUUUCCAUCUGACGAAUGAUUGUCACCAUGGUAGUGACUGCAAGUUUUCACACGCUCCUCUCACAGAAUUCACACGCGCGUUAUUAGACAAAAUAUCCUCAAAGGUUAGCUUAACAUUUAUUGUCAACCAACUUUCAUCAGCAUACCGUUGAUCGCUGUUCAUCUAAACCCGGGCUUGUACGACAACCUGACUCUAAACCCCUUGUGAGUGGCCGUCCAAGAAACGAUGAUCAUGGUGACGUUGAUUACAGAUUUGACCAGAAUCCCCCACAAAUGAAUAUAUCAUCUGGUAAAGAACUUGCUACUCCUGGUUUCAGCCCUCAACGUAUGCCAGUUUUCACGCCGAAUCUGUUUGCUCCUGUCCGCACUCCUAGUCCUCGUCACUUCCGCCCAGAAAACGACACUUUACGCGCUAGGGGGAUGCGUCCGUUCAACAUGGUUCCUGGUGAGCAGAUGCCUCAGAAUGUGUAUCCCAAAAAUGACCGAUGCUUCCCUCCACCGACGCCUUACGGCCCUGUACCAUUUCAGUCUCAGCACGUCAUGCCUAAUGCAACAUGUCCACCCACAGUUAACGGAUUUCGCCCCCCGUCACUGCUUGAUACACCCCUUAGAUGUCCACCUUCAAGAACAAUGCCUCCGCGAAUGCGGAUGAUGGAUCCUGGAAGUAUGAGGUUUCCUAGGUUUAGGCCUAGAUGUGAGACAUUUUAUGGGGUUGGAGUAAGGCCCCCUCCACCUAUUCGACCGACUUUCGAUGCAGUACAUGAAGAAGCCAUAGUUAGUUCGGAACUCGACAUGAUGGCAGCUCUUCUUGCUUCAAGUAAAACGACGAAUGACGACUGUAAAAACGGUUCAACUGUCCCUCCUUCGUCACCUACAUGUGUAGGUGAACAUAGCCUGCAACUCGAGAGUGCGAGUCCCCCGCAACCUUCGGAAACCGAGACAGAAGCAAUCCCUCCUAAUAUCUUGGUUGAAGAUGGAUCCACACUUGAGUUUAAUACGACUACUCAGAUAGGUGUCCUUCCAUCCCAGGGCCCAGCACCUUGGCGCCUCAUUCCGUUGGACAUGACUGUCAAAAUUCCUUAUCCGUUAAUGCAGCUCCCUGUAGAUGAAUUGCCAUAUCGUUUUGAAGAUCCAAGGUUGCGUGGCCAAGUGACAACAUUCAGACUUCAACCUCCAUCAAAACCUUCGAGUAGUAGUGACUUAGAAAAUUCAAGGUGCAAUGAUGAACCAGAAGCACUAAAUCACAACGAAACCAAUGCCAUUGGAACCAACGAUGAUAAUCCAGGUGGUUUAACACAAAGACGACCCAUCAAACUACAGUUGCAUGAAAUGGCUAACACCUUUGCUAAUACUUCAUCCGAUCAUUUACAUGUAUCUAGUCGGCAAGGUGAUCGUUCUUAUCUUGAUGACCCGCGAUUCCGAAGGCGAAGGAUUAUGGUUCCAACACCAACCUCCCAGUCAGCUUCGAACGUUCUCAAUCAAGGUAACACAAACAGUACACCACAAACUACACAAGAAUGCUCAAACUAAUUUAUUUAAGAUCUCUACCAAGCACUAUCGUGCAUGUAAAUGAGUCCCAGCUUUAUUUAUUCCAAUAAUUUAUUAAAAUCGUCAACAUGUACAUAAAUAAACCAACGUUUGAACAGAUCAACUUCGAACAAGUUUCAGCCGACAUGUUUGUCCAUAUUUUAUUCGUCUAAACUU